UCCAAACCUUAUCAAAGCCUGAAAGAGUGCAGAGGGGGAAAGAAACCCAUAAAUAAUACUAUGGUAAGAUCAGGCCGUGUUGAGGAACGACCUAUGGAUGCACAUUCUCAGGAAUCGGCCGCAAUAGGAUUCGGUAACAGCGAAGAAACGCACGGUUGUAAUCUACUUUUGAUUUCUUUUAAGCACUAAAGCGCGACCGACCGAGGCUUGGUGGGGGCCAAAGAGAUACGAUUUCUUUUCAUUUUUAAAGAGGCACGCAAGAUGGCAGAUGACAGAAACCAAUAGCGAGAUAUGCUCCGUUUCCCCUUUAAACUACGAAGGACAGUCGGUAUAUUUUGGACGUGUAUGGGAAUCGGACAUUAAAGAUAUAUUUAUCGCCUUUUUUUCCAGCUGGGCCCAAAUCAAAGGACAUGGAGACUGGACUCGCGCGAUAGGGAAAUGAUACGAAGUUUUCUAAAUGUAGCAUUUGAGAUACGUUCUGAAAAGCAGAUUGUUACAUUUGGUGUUACAUUGUUUCAUUCGCCAACGCCUUUUGGAACGCUUUGAAGAGAUCAAAGUAAAGGCGCUUGGCAAUCCAGUUUUCUCUCCGGAGUUGGGAGUAUAUUGACUGGUUACAUACCAGUGUAUGUUUUCUGUAUGUUCCUUUGUUAUCAUGAGGGGGAAGUGUAGUGUGCCCGUAGUCUACACACACAUAUGUGUAAGAGAAUACCUGUUUAAAUCGUUAUUUUCUGUUAAAUGAAUAUAUAAAGCUACGUUUUUUUGCCAACGUAGAUGUGAAAGACACAUAUUUUUAUAUAAAUUUUAAUACACGUAUUAGCUAUAUUGUACUCACAGACGUGGUACUUUCAGAACGAGUUUAAUCCUCUUUGGGGAAAAAAAUCCAUGCCAGACGCUCGCGCUGUAUACCUGUAACAUUGACAUACCGGUACAUUUUAUAAAAGAACGAAUACCUCCACGUGAGAAUAAUAAUUUACUUUCACAAGGUUUUACCACACUCUUGCUUGAGGCUCUUGAAAAAAUCCUGUCAACGUGUCUUCACUCAGUAAACCAGGAGCUGUCAGACAGGUCGUGCAGAUGUGUCAGUAGUCUGGAUUAUUCAUAGAUAAAUAUUGGGCUUUAAUGAUACAUGUGCUGAAUAUGAACUACUGUGUUGGCAUCUAAAGUCACAAGAAAGAAAAUUCCACUUUGGUAAAAACACAAAAUUGUCGGGACGCCUACAGUUGACACGAACAAAUGAAGAAGUGGGUGGUGUAAUUAUGUUGCCUUGAGCAAAAAAGUGUGCUGUAUGAAAUUAUACUCUUUUGGAGUAUUGGUAUACUCAUUGGUGCAACGUAAAGGCUUCUUAGAAGUUUGAUAAAAGAAGGCCCUUGUGGUUGACACUCCACCCACCACAUUUUCCCAGAGAUUGACAGAGGAACAUGACUUGACUGUAAAUAACUUCAAGAAGAACACAUCAAAGGGUUCUUUUAUGCCAUUUUGAAUCUCAACUAUAACGUUUUAGGCAAGUUGUGAACUCGAAGACCUCGAAGAUGGCAGAGAAUUGGAAAAACUGUCUUGAGGAGGAGCUUGUAUGCCCCAUUUGUUUGAAUGUCUUCUCUGAGCCAGUUCAGCUCCCAUGCAAACACAACUUCUGCCGUAUGUGUAUAAAUGAGGCCUGGUCGAAAGAUACAGGGAUGGUUCGCUGUCCAGAGUGCAACCAUGCUUACAGCCAAAAACCAACUCUGGAGAAGAACCACAAACUGUCCAACAUUGUGGAGAAGUUCAACGCACUGAACGUUGAGAAGACGCCAGCUGUCUUGCACUGCAUCCUGUGUCGUCGUGGUCCUCCACUUCAAGCUCAGAAGGUUUGCCUUAGGUGUAACGCACCCUGCUGCCAUUCCCACGUACAGACCCAUCUCCAACAGCCAUCUUCCAAUGCUGGACACUUAUUGGUGGAUGCCGAGGAUGUUCGGGCCUGGAGUUGUCCACAGCACGAUGAGUAUAGACUGUAUCAUUGUGAAACCGAGCAUGUGGCGGUCUGCCAAUACUGCUGUUUCUCCAGAUGUGCCACCAACCAUGGCCACCCCAUGUGCGAUAUAGAAGUCCGGCGUAACGAUAUCAGGCAAAUGCUGAUUAAACAGCAGGAUCGGAUUGAGGACCGGGUACAAGACAUAGAGGAGCAACUCUACAAACUAGAAUCUGACAAAUGUCUCCUGGAAGACAAAGUGCAACACCUGAAGGAGGAGGUGCAGCUGCAGUAUCAGAAGAUGCAGCAGCUCUUGGAGGAAGAUCUGGGGAAGACCCUGGAGGUUCUGGAUAAGGCCCAUUCCAAGUUCUGCCAGGAUAACUCUGCACAGGCCCUCCAGCUUCAUCAGAAACAGCAGGAGGCCAAGAAGCUGCUCAGCUCCAUCCAGAUGGUUUUUGAUAAGGCAGAGGACAUCGGUUUUAUGAAGAAUACCAAGUCUGUUAAAAUACUAAUGGACAGGUCUCAGUCAUAUGUUGGCAACACAUUGUCACCAUACAAAGUGGGCAGCCUCAAUUCCAAACUCUUCCUGUCAGAGAUCUCUAAAAGAGAGAAAAACCUCUGCAAGAUGCUGGAAGCUCCGUUCAGUGCGCCUGCAAACUUCUUCCAGAGUAUCCCAGCAUACUUGUGCGAAAAGCGCAGGCAUUCCGUCGCAUUCCCUGAAGGAAGCGGAAGCAGCCGAGCAGGUGCUAGCUUCAUGGACUCUUCCUCUUCAUCAGGCCCUGCAGCUGCUAAGCAGCCGUGCCUGAGUCUCACUCAGGGCUCAGCCCCGGGCGAGGGCCAAUCCUCCCAGCAAGCUUUAGGGCCUUGCAGCUCCAUCCAGCAUGGAAGCAGCAGCUCAGCCUCUGGCUCUCAACAAUUAUCGCACUCCACCUCAGUGUUCCCUCACUCCCAUUACCCAAACAGCAGCGCUUCUCAGCUGCCCCAGUACGGAGCACGGAAGAUCCUGAUGUGCACUGUUGAUAACUGUUACUGCUCAGGGGUACCCUCCGUGUCCAACCACCGUGGACAUCCACCCUACCCUCGCUCCAGUUCCUUCCCCUGGUCAGUGAGCUCACAGGAGUAUUCACACGCCCCUUUGCCCUCCACCCCCGCCAUGUCCCAGCCUCUCCAGAGCCUGUCCAUGCGCGACUGGAUUGAUGCCUCGCAGUCGCACAGGCACACUGACUUCUACAGCCUGUACGGCCAGUCUUCCACCAAGCAUUAUGUCACCAGUUAACCUCUGCUCCAGUGACUGCUGCCAGUCACCAGAUGGGGUGUAUUUUUCUGCUGAGACAUGUCUUAAAGUAAUAGUUCACCCAAAAAUCUUCACAAGGCUUUUUGUCAGAUAAUGAAAGUUAAAUGUGACACUGAUUGUAUAAGUCAACAUAACAUCUGAAAGAGAUCAUGCGGUCACAUUUGGUGAUUAAUACAGUAGAUUAAAAUAUUUGAAGUUAUUCACUGUCAAAUCAAAUAAUUUGUGUUUCACUGAAGGAAGAAUGUCAUGUGUUUUAAGUGACAUUAGGAUGAGUAAAUGAUGAGAGAAUUUUCAUUUUGGGGUGAUCUAUUCUUUUAACAAGUUGCAUGUGGGGCAUUUUGUAAACGGAUCUUAUCAAUCAUUUAGAAUGAACUUAGAUGAACUGCUCAAAUCUGGAAGCAGUAAAAGUUAAUAUCACAAAGUCAAGCAUAGCUUUGCACAUUAUUUAGGCACUAAUGGUGUUGUGCUUAUGUACCAUGAAUGCAAAUUGCUCUUAAAAUAACACUCACUCUUUGCAAGAGAUUCCAAAAAACUGAGGAUGCUGUCAUCUGCUGAAUCAUCAGUAAUGUUGCACUUUCUUUGCAAAACUCCAAAUUUUCACAAGUACUGUUGACUCAUUCAAUGACACAAUGGAAGUCAGCAGUAAAAUGAUUAACUCAGCUUUUAAUGAAACGUAUUGUCACUUAGGGCAAUAACCGUUGACCACAACCGUUUGUGUCGGCCACAAACUUUUAUUAACUUUACAUGGUUGUCAUUUAUUAGAAGAACCACGUGAAACAUGGGCAAAAACUCUGUAUAGUUUUCCUUGCCUUCCAUAUUUCAUCCUUCUUUUUGUUUAAAUUUGUAGUCUGUGGUCUUUUAAUUCAUCACAAAAAGCACAAUCACAUGUGUUAGCUCAGAUCUGAAGUGAAUUUUGUGACCGUUUUAACAGAUAUGGUAGGAAAAUCAAACAGCACAGCAUUGUCAUCAUUGCCAUCGUUCAUUUUGCUCGAACUUCCCUACUGGACACCGCUUUCAAUGGAAAUGCCCUUCACCUUGGUUCAUGGUCCUCUGGUGCUUCAUAGGCUUCCAAAGAAACAGGCCUUGACCAGUUCGAGAACGCACACCACCCACAACAUUAAGUCUGGUCUCCAUCCAGACGGCGCUGUCUCUCACGCCCAGCUACAGAAAUGCUCCCCUUUACAUUCUGCAUGUUAAACGCAGGAUGUAUUGGUUUCACAUUUUUCCAUUUAUCCAUGGCCUCUCAUUAUAUCUGACUCAAUGGCAGUUUAAGCACUAUCGUGUCAAUCGAAGACGAAAUGGCCUGUGUAGCCUUUGCAUUUGCUGUCAAUGCUGUAAUUGUUCUUCCUUGUGUUACAUGCCAUUUCCGGCUCUGAGCAACAGAGACUCUGGGUUCCUGUUUGUUCCUGAGUGCAUGUGGAAAAGAGUUUGAGCACUUGUAGAAAAAUUAUAAAACUGCUAGAAGUUAUAAAAAGACUUUUGAAACAGGGAAUACAUUUUUUUUCUUUCUUUUUUUGGAACAAGUUAUGUAAAAGAGACAUUGACCAAUGAGCAUUACGAAACUAACUAAAAACUGGGUAUAAAAUGGAGAUGAAGAUUUUCUGUUGUAAAUAUUUUGUGAAAUGACAAAGAAAGACAUGUAAUUUGAAAAGAACCUGGUUCAAAAUAAA